UUAGUAUUGCUCUAAUCAAGCGAAAUCACAGUGGAACUCAGACUCAGGUGAAGGAACGGAAAGUCUUUUCGUCCUCUGCUUUCUUCACUCCUUUGAACUCCGAAGCCCUCGCCGCCCACACUCUACACUACAUCUCGGUGCAUGUUUCUCUCCGAGAAUCACCGCCGUGUCAAAUCGAUUAUCAUUCCGGAACCCUAGCCAUCUGCUGGCUUCUUCGCCGGGGGAUCCCCUCUAUUUCAAGUGCGCGGCCGCUCCUAGAGAGAUAAAGUUUGCGUAAAUUGAUUACAAUCGCACUGCAAACAUGGCGAACUUAGCCCUAACUGGAAUAUUGGAAAAGAUGACUGGGAAGGAUAAGGACUACAGAUACAUGGCAACUUCUGAUUUGCUUAACGAGUUGAACAAAGAAGGGUUUAAACUCGAUGUUGAUCUCGAAGCGAAGCUUUCUAACAUUGUCAUCCAGCAACUCGAUGAUGCAGCAGGCGAUGUUUCCGGAUUAGCUGUCAAGUGCCUUGUUCCCUUGGUGAAAAAAAUCCACGAGCAGCAGGUUCUUGAGAUGACUAAUAAGCUUUGUGAUAAAUUGCUCAAUGGGAAAGAGCAAAAUCGUGACAUUGCCAGCAUUGCUGUUAAGACAAUUGUUGCUGAAGUUCCUAACGCAACUGUUGCACAAUCUGUUCUUGUAUCCAUUUCUCCCAAGUUGAUACGAGGAAUAGUCACACAGGGGAUGGGCACAGAAAUCAAAUGUGAAUGCCUUGAUAUUUUGUGUGAUGUUCUACACAAAUACGGCAAUCUAAUGGCAUCCGAUCAUGAGGUGCUGCUGAGUGCACUUUUGCCCCAGUUGACCACCAAUCAGGCCAGUGUGAGAAAGAAGGCUGUUUCAUGCAUUGCAUCUCUGGCUUCAAGCUUGUCAGAUGAUUUGCUGGCAAAGGCUACAGUUGAAAUUAUCCAGCUUUUGAAAAACCAGACAACAAAAUCAGAAAUUACACGUACAAAUAUUCAAAUGAUUGGGGCGUUAAGUCGUGCUGUUGGCUAUCGUUUUGGUCCACACCUCGGAGAUGCUGUUCCUAUUUUAAUUAACUACUGUAAUAAUGCAUCAGAGAAUGACGAAGAGCUUCGUGAGUAUAGCUUGCAGGCAUUAGAGAGUUUUCUACUUAGGUGUCCCAGGGAUAUCUCUUCCUACUGUGACCAAAUCUUACAUCUUACUUUGGAAUUUCUGAGUCAUGAUCCAAAUUUUACUGAUAACAUGGAAGAAGACACAGAUGAUGAGAGUUAUGUGGAGGAGGAAGAUGAUGAUAGUGCUAAUGAGUACACUGAUGAUGAAGAUGUAAGCUGGAAAGUGCGGAGAGCUGCUGCCAAAUGCUUAGCUGCUUUAAUUGUUUCUCGGCCUGAGAUGCUUUCAAGACUAUAUGAAGAGGCUUGUCCAAAGUUGAUUGAUAGGUUUAAAGAAAGGGAAGAGAAUGUCAAGAUGGAUAUCUUCAAUACGUUCAUUGAAUUACUUAGACAAACAGGAAAUGUUACAAAAGACCAGACAGAUUUUGAUGAAUCAAGUCCUAGAUAUCUAUUGAAGCAAGAGGUGGCAAAGAUUGUUCGAUCUGUAAAUAAACAGUUACGCGAGAAAUCUGUCAAGACAAAGGUUGGAGCUUUCUCUGUUUUGAAAGACCUGGUGAUUGUUUUGCCUGAUUGCCUUGCAGACCAUAUUGGAUCUCUGACGCCAGGAAUUGAGAAAGCACUUUGUGACAAAUCUUCUACCUCAAAUUUAAAGAUUGAAGCUCUUGUUUUUACUAGAUUAGUGUUGGCCUCACAUGCUCCUCCUGUUUUUCAUCCGUACAUCAAGGCAAUAUCUGCUCCAAUCAUAUCUUCUGUUGGUGAACGGUAUUAUAAAGUUACAGCAGAGGCAUUAAGAGUAUGUGGGGAACUUGUUCGUGUCGUGCGACCAGAUAUUGAGGUUUAUGAUUUUGAUUUUAAACCCUAUGUCCAUCCUAUAUUUGCUGCUAUCAUGUCACGUUUGACCAAUCAAGAUCAGGAUCAGGAAGUGAAAGAAUGUGCGAUUUCCUGCAUGGGACUUGUGGUUUCUACAUUUGGUGAUCAUCUUGGGGCAGAGCUACCUUCAUGCCUCCCAGUGCUUGUUGAUCGAAUGGGAAAUGAGAUUACUCGUCUUACAGCUGUCAAGGCAUUUGCUGUCAUUGCUGCUUCUCCUUUGCACAUUGACUUAUCGUGUGUUUUAGAGCAUGUAAUUUCUGAGUUGACUGCAUUUCUAAGAAAGGCCAAUCGAGCGCUAAGGCAAGCUACACUUGGGACACUGAACACACUUAUUGUAGGAUACGGCGAUAAAAUUGGUUCAGCUGCUUAUGAAGUCAUUGUUGUUGAGCUUUCAACUCUGAUCAGUGACUCAGAUUUGCAUAUGGCUGCUCUUGCAUUGGAAUUGUGUUGCACAUUAAUGGCUGACAAAAGAUCUGGUCCGAAUGUCGGUCUGACUGUCCGAAAUAAAGUUCUGCCACAAGCUCUGACUUUAAUUAGAAGCUCUCUGCUCCAGGGCCAGGCACUUCUGGCGCUACGAAAUUUCUUCACUGCGCUGGUUUACUCGGCCAACACAAGCUUUGAUGUACUGCUUGACUCUCUUCUUUCUGCUGCCAAACCAUCUGCCCAGACUGGUGCCGUUGCGAAACAGGCUUUAUUCUCAAUUGCUCAAUGUGUGGCUGUUCUCUGUCUUUCUGCUGGCGACAAAAAGUGUUCCUCUACAGUUAACAUGCUUACAGACAUCUUAAAAGCUGAUAGCAGUACCAACUCGGUAUGCAAAUUUACUUGA